UUGUGUCAGGUGUGUCACCCCCCCUGCUAUACCUGAACUGUGUCAGGUGUGUCACCUCCCCGGGGACAGCCCUGUCCCUGAAUUGUGUCAGGUGUGUCACCCCCCCUGUCCCUGAAUUGUGUCAGGUGUGUCACCCCCCCGUCCCUGAACUGUGUCAGGUGUGUCACCCCCCCGUCCCUGAACUGUGUCCAGGUGUGUCACCCCCCCUGUCCCUGAAUUGUGUCAGGUGUGUCACCCCCCCUGUCCCUGAACUGUGUCAGGUGUGUCACCCCCCCCAUCCCUGAACUGUGUCAGGUGUGUCACCCCCCUGUCCCUGAACUGUGUCAGGUGUGUCACCCCCCCCGUCCCUGAAUUGUGUCAGGUGUGUCACCCCCCCCGUCCCUGAAUUGUGUCAGGUGUGUCACCCCCCCCGGGGACAAUCCCAUUCCCCAGCUCGUCCCGGGUGUGUGACCCUCUCAAGGACCCUGUCCCCACUCUUGUCACGUGUGUGAGACCCCCUUUGCUGCUGCCCCCUCCGGGACCCGACACAACAGUGACAGCCCAGUCCCCAAUUCUUGCCCCAGGUGUGUGACCCCCCAGGGUCAGCCCUGUCCCCAGUUCUUGCCCCAGGUGUGUGACCCAUCUUGGUCCCCCUUCCAGGGACAGCGCUGUCCCUGUCACACCUUACAUGUGUCACCCCUCCUGUUGCCCCACCAGGGACCCUGUCCCCACUCUUGGCUCAGGUGUGUGACCUGCUCAGCCCCUCUGGGGUCCUGUCCCUGUGCUCAUCUCAGGUGUGUCAAUGUCACCCUGUCCCCUGUGACCCCCUCAGCCCCUCCUGGGGUCCUGUCCCUCUGCUUAUCUCAGGUGUGUCAAUGUCACCCUGUCCCCUGUGACCCCCUCAGCCCCUCCUGGGACCCUGUCCCUGUGCUCAUCUCAGGUGUGUCAAUGUCACCCUGUCCCCUGUGACCCCCUCAGCCCCUCCUGGGGUCCUGUCCCUGUGCUCAUCUCAGGUGUGUCAGUGUCACCCUGUGACCCCCUCAGCCCCUCCUGGGGUCCUGUCCCUCUGCUCAUCUCAGGUUGUGACCCCCCCAGGGACAGCCCUGUCCCCACUCUCAUCCCAGGUGUGUGACCCCCCCCUCUCAUCCCCCCCAGCCUUUCAUCCUGGCCUUUCAUCUUUGGUUGUCCUGGCAACACCCCAAAGUGUCUCGGGGGUUGCCAUGGCACCCAAGGGAUGCUCCAAGCCAAGGACCCCCACAGCUCCCUCCCAAAGUCCUUCCCCACCCUCAGCACCUCAGAGGUGCCCAGUGCCAAGGGGGUGGCAGUGCUGGGGGGGUGACAGGAGGACGGGAGGGUGACAGGGACAGGGGUGGCAGUGCCAGGGGGCAGGAGGUGCCCCCAGCCCGGUGUGCUCUGCGCUCCCCCCUCCCACAGCUGCACCAUGGCCAUCGGGGAGGAGCUGCGCAGCGGCCGCUUCUGGCGGGGGGUGCUGGCGGAGCUGGCGGCGACCCUCAUCUUCGUGGGGAUGAUCCUGGGGGCUUCGGCAGCACCGGGGCCACUGGCGCCGGCGCUGGCCGGAGGGUUGGUGGCCGGGGGGCUCGUCUGCACCCUCGGGGGCCCCCAGGCCAACCCCGCGCUGACGCUGGCCCUGCUGUGCACCCGCAAGCUGAGCGCCCUGCGUGGGGCCGCGGGGCUCCUGGCUCAGUGCGCGGGGGCCACGCUGGCCUCUGCCGCUGCCCGUGCAGCGCUGCCGGACGACACCGGCCUCGUCACCAGGGUGAGCGCGGUGGGGACAGCGGGGACAGCGCUGGCCUGGGAGACCUUCGCCACCUUCCAGCUGGGCUUGGCCGCCUUCGCCGCUGCUGAACACGCGGCCCCGCAGGCCGGGCUGGCCCUGGGCAGCGCCGUGGCCGCCGGUGCCCUGGCCGCAGGGCCAUUCUCGGGGGGCAGCAUGAACCCCGCGCGCUCCCUGGGGCCGGCCAUCGUCACCGGCGUCUGGGAUGAUCACUGGGUGUACUGGCUGGGGCCGGUGCUGGGCGCGGUGCUGGCCGGGCUCUCCUACGAGUUCAUCCUGGCGCCCGGAGCCUCCCGGGAGAAGCUGGGUGCCUGCCUCGCCUGCCGGGACGUGGCUCUGGUGGAGACCCCCAGCCUGUCCCCCUCCUCAGUGGCCCACGGCCCCCCGGUCGAGCAGCAGGAGCAGGGCACUGCCUGAGCCCCCCACACUCCUCCCCAGCCCCCCGAUCCUCCACACCCUGACACCGGAUCCUCGCCGCCGCCAGAACCUUCCGUGGGGCACCCGCAGGAUGGGGGGCUCUGUGCCCCCUCCCCUUUCACUGUCCUCUCCCCCGUGGGGGGAUUAAAGGUGUGUUGGGGUC